AUGUUUUUUCUCAGAAGAAGUAUUGUCAGCAGAAAUAUAUACCAUUUUUUCAACUCAGCAUUGACGGUUCCCGCAUCGCUCACAGUAGGGCACAGGUCGCUUUACGUGGGUGAACGGGCCUCGCUUAGCAAAACAUUCAGUGCCAGAGAUGUCGCACUUUUUGCCGAGCUGACGGGGGACACGAAUCCACUCCACCUCGACCCUGAAUACACCAAAACAACCUCUUUUGAGAACCCCAUUGUUCACGGAGUGCUGAUUAACGGUCUGAUCUCAGCAGUUCUGGGGACGAAGUUGCCCGGCAAAGGCUGCGUGUUUCUCUACCAGGAAAUACGCUUUCCGGCGCCCCUCUACAUCGGAGAGGAGGUUGUGGCGGAAGCAGAGGUCAAAAAGAUCAAAAUGUCCUUUGCUUUUAUUUCUGUUUCCUGCGCUGCCAAAGACAAAGUGGUCAUGGAGGGAGAGGUCAUGGUCAUGAUGCCGCAAGACGCACAACAGUCAUGAGAAACUUUAGUUUUUUAUGUGCUGCCAGGAAUUAAAUCUUCUUUUUUGCUUUUGAAAUGUAACGCUCACUCAGAGAUUUAAUAUUUCUUGUUUUUCGCUCUCUGAGAUGUUGGUUUAAUAAACAAUAAUGUGAGAAAAUAAA